UUGCAAAAACGCAGACGGCGUGGAAUUCUACAAUGAGAUCAACCUGUAUGCCAGGGUCAACUCCAAGGACUCACGGGAGAAGCGCUCUGACCGCUCCAUCACCUGUUUCAUGAGGAAGUGGAAGGAGAAAGUGGCCUGGCCCCGCAUCACCAAGGAGAACAUCAAGCCGGCCUGGCUCUCCGUGGACUUUGACAACUGGCGAGACUGGGAAGGGGACGAGGAGGUGGAGCGG